AUAUGACUUAUGGAUUGUUACGGGUAAGUAGAGGAUGGGGGUUUUUUUGUUGUGAAUCAAACGGAGAUGAAAAGGAAGAGCCAAGAACAUGAUGGAACUUGUUAUCGCAGUUUUCUGGUGUCAUGAUGAUGGGUGUCACUAAAAAAUUUGAUUGUGUAGCAUACAAAGAUUGGCAAGGUGGUGAAAGCUGCAUGCACGUACAAUUAUGAAGGGGACAAUGAAUAUAAUAUUAGAGAGCGUUGCCAACAAUUGAUGAGAAACUGGAAAGCGCUGUUCACAGAUACAAAGGUGCCUGAUCAUAAGCCUGCUACCGAACCAGAACACCGAACGAUACCACCAUCAUCCAAUCCCAACCCGUCAUCCACAAAUACAGAAGCGGAGGAUACGGUCAUGCAACAAGCUUAGCAUGUAUUUAAACUACUUGACCUUCAAUUGUCUAACCGUUUUCCCUCUUUCUUUAUUUUUUUUAUUUUUUAUUUUACUUUGUCUUUAUUUUCUCUCUCUGUCUCACACACACACACACACUCUAUCUAUCUAUUCUCUCUCACAAUUUCUCUCUCUCUCUCUCUCGUUCUCUCUAUCUCGCUCUCAAUCUUUUGCCUUUUGUUACAACCUCUGUGCUUUGUUUUCUCUUUGUCCUUGUUGACUCUCUAUUUCCCUUUUCUUUUUCUUUUCUUAUGUCUUGCACUUCUUUCCGAUAUUUUUUUCAUGAGGU